AUGGCUCCUCCAGCAAUCAUCGCUCCCUCAAUCCUCUCUGCCGACUUUGGCGCCCUGGGCAAGGCCUGCUCAGACACCAUUGGCCAUGGCGCAGACUGGCUCCACGUCGACAUCAUGGACGGCCACUUCGUCCCCAACAUGACCUUUGGCGCUCCUGUAGUGACCAUGAUCCGUCCUCAUGUCGACAAGCCCACCGAGUCCUUUGGCAAGGGCACUUUCGACUGCCACAUGAUGAUCGCCGAGCCCAAGAAAUGGGUCAAGGAGUUCAAGAAGGCUGGUUGUGAUCUCUACUGCUUCCACUAUGAAGCCGCCAUCAACUCCACCGCUGCCGACGAACCCUCCGCUACCUCCGACAAAAAGACUAGUCCUAAGGAACUCAUCAAGUACAUCCACGACCAAGGCCUCAGAGCCGGUAUUGCCCUCAAACCCGGCACCCCCGUCGAUGUCCUCUACGAUAUCCUCGACAGCAAGACACAAGAUGAAGUCCCAGACAUGGUCCUCAUCAUGACUGUCGAACCCGGUUUCGGCGGCCAAAAAUUCAUGCCCGACAUGAUGCCUAAAGUCGAAGCCCUGCGCAAGCGCUACCCAGACCUGAACAUCGAAGUCGACGGCGGUCUCUCCGAAAAGACCAUCGAUGUAGCUGCAGACGCAGGCGCCAAUGUCAUCGUAGCUGGUUCUGCUGUGUUUGGCGCCAAAGACCCUUCAGAAGUUAUUGCAAAGCUGAGGGAAGCUGUUGAGAAGAGGAGAUGA